UCACUGAUUAAGAGUUAAGACAAGUGCAUAGCAUAUUAGUCACACAAAGGGAUUAAGAACAGGAUGAAGAUGAGAGCUUUUGUUGUAGAUUGUUUGGCACUGUUCUGUAUCCUAGGGGUUUGUCAAGGUGGCAACCUUAGAAAAAAAUUCUACAAGCAGACAUGUUCUCAAGCCGAGGACAUUGUUAGGACCAAAAUCCAGGAACAUGUCUCAGCAAAGCCUGAAUUGCCUGCAAAGUUGAUCAGACUGCAUUUUCAUGAUUGUUUUGUCAGGGGUUGUGAUGGUUCGGUUUUGCUGGACUCCACUGACAGCAACACAGCAGAAAAGGAUUCGAUUCCGAACUUAUCUCUGUCGGGCUUCGAUGUCAUUGAUGACAUAAAAGCAACAUUGGAGGAAAAAUGUCCUGGAACUGUAUCAUGUGCUGACAUACUUGCAUUGGCCGCCAGGGAUGCUGUUUCUGUCCAGUUCAAUAAGCCUAUGUGGGAAGUGCUUACCGGUAGAAGGGAUGGGAGGGUAUCCAUAAGAGGUGAAGCCUUAGCCAAUCUGCCAGCCCCUUUUUUCAACAUCACCCAGCUCAGACAAAGCUUUGCGAGUAAAAAGCUCACAGUGCAUGAUCUGGUUGUGUUAUCAGGAGCACACACAAUUGGGGUAGGUCAUUGCAACUUAUUCAGUAACAGGCUUUUCAACUUCACCGGAAAGGGUGAUCAAGAUCCUUCUCUGAAUCCUACUUAUGCAACUCUUUUGAAGACAAAAUGUCAAAGUCUGAGUGACACCACCACUACAGUAGAGAUGGAUCCUGACAGUUCAAGCACCUUUGACAAUGACUAUUAUUCUAUCCUUCUUCAAAACAAGGGUCUAUUCCAAUCAGAUGCUGCCCUUUUAACAGCCAAGGUAUCAAGAAACAUUGUGAAUGAAUUGACCAAACAAGACAAGUUCUUCACAGAGUUUGGGCAGUCAAUGAAGAGAAUGGGAGCCAUUGAAGUCCUCACCGGCUCGGAUGGUGAAAUUAGAACAAAGUGUUCUGUUGUCAACUCUUAAUUAACUCUUUUCUUUUCAUUUCUUCUGUUUCUUUUCCUACAUUUUUUCUUUGAGAAGCCAUUCAGUUAAAUUUGCUUUGUAUAUCUUCAAAAUUCAUUUCAGGAAUAAAGGUUGUGUUUAAUUAA